GGUCAACUACCAGCAACCAUGGGCAAGAUCAUUUUCUAUGAGGACAGAGACUUCAGCGGCUGUCAACAUGAAUGCAUUAAUGACUGCGCUGACCUGCACUUCUACUUCAACCGCUGCCAAUCCAUCAGGGUGGAGAGCGGCUGCUUCAUGGUCUAUGAUCGUCCCAACUACAUGGGCCACCAGCACUUCCUGAGGAGGGGUGACUACUGUGACUAUCAGCGCCUCAUGGGCAUGAAUGACUGUGUCAGGUCCUGCCGUAUAAUCCCUGCGCACCGUGGCAGCUUCAGAAUUAGGUUGUAUGACCGCUAUGACAUGGCCGGCCAAAUGAUGGAGCUGUGCGACGACUGCCCCAACAUGAUGGAACGCUUCCGCAUGUCUGACAUCAACUCCUGCAACGUGAUGGAGGGCCACUGGCUCAUGUACGACCAGGCCAACUACAUGGGCAGGCCGUACUACCUAAGGCCCAGCGAGUACCGCAUGCCCAGCGACUGGGGAGGCCAGAGUUGCAGGAUUGGCUCCAUCAAGCGCCUCAUGGACCUCUAAUGAAAAUCUCCUUUUAAGAAAAGGACCUUCAAUGACAAACCAAUCCUGA